AUGUGGAACCAGAGCUUCAACGAAAACGGCGGAUGGGGCGAGGCCUCCUUUGCGACCAACCAGCAUGUCGACAGUUCGACGCAACGUAUUGCGGAGAAGUUGCCGUUUCCCGUGACCGUUGUGCAACUCACCCAGACGAACUGCCCCGAUGACAAGUUCCCCGUCGGGAAGUAUGGCUUUAGCCAGCUGCGUAUAAUGGCCCAAGUCGAAUCGACACAGGAGGUGGAACAGGGAGCCACUAUAAGGAUCACAUUGGUGGAUCCAGACAACAGCAACGCACGAAUCACGGCAAAUAUUCUCCGAACUUUCACGCCGGAUGAAGAGCCAGUAAGCAUCGUGGAGGAGACGUUCAUCCAGGUCAUUGGCAAGAUCCGUAAUUCUGGCGACGAGAUGGCUGUAUUGGUUCUGAAGCACCGCGAGGCUGAUGCAAAAGAAUACGAAUGUUUCAAGCUUGAGGCUGAGAUCGCCCGGCUGUUUCACGACCAGGAGGUUGCCGAUCAGCUACGAGCAGGCGCUUUGAUGCAGCAGCUCCGCGGGUGUGCGGCGGGACCUAUGCAGGAAACGGACCCUGCUGCACCUGGACGCGGUGCUGCCGUGGCCCAACGACAAACCGCCCAAACACUCGGAGAACUGAAGAAGCCCGCUCCAACUGCCGGGCCUCCGUCUGAACGUGAUAAGGUUUUGAAGACUCUCAAGCAGGAAUGCAAGAUACAGGGAGACGUCGGCUGCACCCCAGAACAUAUUGCCAGGAUCGUUGGAAUCGAGCCGAAGCUCGCAAAGGAAUACAUGGAAUACUUUGUCGGUGAGGGUGAAUGCUUCGCAACGACCGAUGAGAACCAUUUCGCUAUCUUC